GACGCAGUCUACACGUGAGAAUUUUUGGAAAAAACAGACGGGUGUCUGUGUUGCAAGUGAGAUGGGCAGACUGAGGAAAAAACACAACUGGAAGGGACGACAACAGCCGGCUCUUCAACCAGAACCCCGAGAGGAUAGAAAUAGUGACGUGGUGGUGGAAAUCAAUGAUGACACUCUUUUGAAGGGAGUGGACGAAAGCAAUGCCCUUGUGCUCCCCGCCGCCAAAGCCAAGAAGACCAAAGGACUAGAAAAGCCACUUGCCACGAAGCGGCCCCUCACCAAGAAACAGAGGAAGAACCUUGAGAAGGUUCUUGAACUCAAAGAGAAGAAAGCACAUAGGGCAGACAUAUUGACAAAGCUAGCGGAGGUGCAGCUACCAGAGUCUGAGUUGAAGCUACUGUAUACUACAUCAAAACUGGGCACAGGAGACAAACUCUAUCAGGCAAAAGAGAGCUCCACUGAUGGGACUGUCUCAAGCUCCGGCCCUCCACGCAUCAGCAGCUUGAGCGGAGCAAACCGCAAGAGGAAGAAGAGACCUGAGGAGGAGGAGGAGGAAGAAGAAGAAGAUGAUGAUGAUGAUGAAGAACAGCAGGUGAAGGAAGAGUCAGAGUCCUCCUCGGAGGACGAAUCAGAUGGAGAGGAGAUUGUGGAGGAGACGAUGAAACAGUGCCAAGUGAUGGAGGUGAAGAUAGAAGAACAAAUGGCAGAUGAGAAGAAAGAGGAGGAAACAAAAGAUAUGAAAAAGGAAGCUGCCCCCUCCUGUAGUAAAGAGCCAUGCCAACCAGCUGUGUUCAUCCCUGUGGACAGACUGCCAGAGAUCCAGGCUGCUCGUCUGAAGCUGCCGGUGCUGGCUGAGGAGCAGGUGAUCAUGGAGGCUGUGAGGGAAAAUCCCUGUGUGGUCCUGUGUGGAGAGACGGGCAGCGGCAAAACCACACAGGUCCCACAGUUCCUCUACGAAGCCGGCUAUGCCAGUGGCAGUGGGAUCAUUGGAGUGACGGAGCCCAGGAGAGUGGCAGCGGUCAGCAUGUCCCAUCGGGUUGCCAAGGAAAUGAACGUGUCGACAGGGGUGGUGUCCUACCAGAUCAGAUAUGAGGGGAAUGUGACCAAGGACACAAAGAUCAAAUUCAUGACCGAUGGAGUUCUGCUGAAAGAAGUACAAAAGGACUUCCUGCUGCAGAAGUACAGUGUGAUCAUCAUAGACGAAGCCCACGAGCGGAGCGUUUACACGGACAUCCUCAUCGGACUCCUGUCCCGCAUCGUACCACUGCGCAACAAGAAAGGUCUUCCCAUGAAGCUGGUGAUCAUGUCGGCUACUCUGCGUGUGGAGGACUUCACUCAGAACCAGAAACUCUUCUCUACCCCUCCACCUGUUAUCAAGGUGGAGGCUCGUCAGUUCCCGGUCACGGUGCACUUUAACAAGAGGACUCCCAUGGAGGACUACACUGGAGAGGCCUUCCGCAAGACGUGCAAGAUCCACCGCAUGCUCCCGCCAGGUGGGAUUCUUAUGUUUCUGACUGGUCAGGCAGAAGUGCACUCAGUGUGCAGGCGGCUGAGGAAAGCCUUUCCCUACAGACCCAAGAGGGACCAACAAGAGGGCGAAGAGAACCUGGACGCAGAGCUGAAGAAGUCUAAGAAGAAACAGAAGAAGACCGUGCCUCUCCCGAGGAUAGACCUGGAUAACUACUCAGCGUUGCCAGUAGAUGAGGGAGAUGAGGAUCGGCAGGCUGGCAUCGACGAGGAGGAUGAUGAUGAUGAGGAGGAGGAAGGCUCUGAUCUGGACCUGGGAGAGCAUCCAGAUGAGGAUGGCGUUGAUCCAGAGGAGAAGGCUGAUCCAUCCAUCCCCCUGUAUGUGCUCCCUCUCUAUUCACUCCUGGCCCCUGAACAGCAAGCUAAGGUGUUCCGUCCCCCCCCUGCGGGCACGAGGCUGUGUGUGGUGGCCACUAACGUGGCGGAGACAUCGGUGACCAUCCCUGGGGUGCGCUACGUGGUGGACUGUGGUCGGGUCAAGCAGCGCUUCUACGAUCGCGUCACCGGCGUGUCCUCCUUCAAGGUCCACUGGAUCUCCCAGGCCUCAGCCAAUCAGAGGGCAGGACGAGCUGGCAGGACGGAGCCCGGCCACUGCUACAGACUCUUCUCGUCAGCAGUGUUCAGUGACUUCAGUUUGUUUGCUGAGGCGGAGAUCACUCGAAGACCAGUGGACGACCUGGUGCUUCAGAUGAAGGACCUCAACAUUCAAAAGGUGGUGAAUUUCCCGUUCCCUACUCCCCCGUCCACUGAGGCUCUGCUGGCUGCGGAGGAGCUGCUCAUCUCCCUGGGAGCCCUGGAGCCGCCUUCACGCCAGGGACGGAUGCGUGAGCUCCAGCGGGCGCGGAUGAGCUGUCCCAUCAGCCCCCUGGGCCGGGCGAUGGCGGCGUUCCCGGUGUCGCCGCGCUACGCCAAGAUGCUGGCGCUGGGCCGGCAGCAGGACUGCAUGGCCUACCUCAUCGCCCUGGUGGCCGCCAUGACCGUGCGCGAGAUCUUCCAGGACCUCGACAGGCCGGUGGCUAAGGAGGAGGACAGUGAGGGUCAGAAGCAGAGGAGAGCUCGCAUGGCCCAGAUGAGGAGGCUGUGGGCUGGACAGGGACACACCCUGCUGCUGGGAGAUCUCAUGGUCAUGCUGGGUGCGGUGGGUGCUUGUGAGUUUGCUGGCUGCACACCUCAGUUUUGUGAGGAGAAUGGCCUUCGCUACAAAGCCAUGAUGGAAAUCCGAAGACUCCGAGGACAACUAACUAACGCAGUGAACACGGUGAGCCCUGAGCUGGGGGUGUUUGUGGACAGUAAGAUGGCGCCCCCUACUGCGGCCCAGGUGCAGUGCAUCAGGCAGGUGGUGCUGGCCGGUAUGGGAGACCACCUGGCCCGCCGCGUCCAAUCAGAGGAGCUGCUGGACCCCAAAUGGAUCAACGGAUACAAGACUCCUCUCCUGGAUGAGCCUGUAUUCCUCCACCCAAGCUCCACCCUCUCCAAGACCCUCCCGGAGUUUGUGGUCUAUCAGGAGAUCAUGGAGACCACCAAGAUGUACAUGAGAGGAGGGUGUGCGGUGGAGGCAGAUUGGGUCCCUAAGCUCCUCCCACAGUACUGCCACUUCAGCGCCCCAGAGGAGACCCCCGGCCCUUGGUACUGCCCAGACACCGGCCGCGUCCGAUGCCAAUGCAAGAGCACCUUCUUCCGUGUGAAUUGGAAGCUGCCCUCCAUUGAGAUGGAUUACCCAGAGGGGCUUGAACGUUACAAGCUGUUUGCCAAAUUCCUACUGGAAGGACAGGUGUGUUCCAGAUUAAAGAAGUACAGCAGCUGCCUACUUUCUAGUCCAUCUACCAUGCUGAAGACUUGGGCCAAAUUACAGCCCCGCACAGAAGCCCUGCUACAGCAGCUGGUCUCAGAGAAAGUGGACUGUCGGGAAGCCCUGCUGUGUGCAUGGAAGAAAAACCAGAAAUAUCUCCUUUCAGCGUUUCAUCAGUGGAUUCCAGAAUCCCUUCAUGAAGAAGUUGCGAAGAUCUGGCCUCCUCUCUGACAAAUACACACACACACACACACACACACACACACACACACACACACACACACACACCUGUCUGGACUGUCUUCGUGCACCUGUGAGCGGUAAUCAUGAGCAAGUUUUUUUAAGUGUUUAUUGAGGGCAAUACAAUAAACACUCACUUUUUACCCAA